UUCUAACCAAUGGCGAUGAACUACGGAGAGCUAUGACUAAAAACCUCCCUCGGCCAAUAAAAGCUAAGAGGCGUAGUGGUAGAUUGACUGCCAUGCCCGAGCCAGCCAAGUCCGCCCCCGCGCCCAAGAAGGGCUCCAAGAAAGCCGUCACUAAGACGCAGAAGAAGGGCGACAAGAAACGGCGCAAGAGCCGCAAGGAGAGCUACUCGAUCUACGUGUACAAGGUGCUGAAGCAGGUGCACCCCGACACGGGCAUCUCGUCCAAGGCCAUGGGCAUCAUGAACUCCUUCGUCAACGACAUCUUUGAGCGCAUCGCCGGCGAGGCCUCGCGCCUGGCGCACUACAACAAGCGCUCCACCAUCACCUCGCGGGAGAUCCAGACGGCCGUGCGGCUCCUGCUGCCCGGCGAGCUGGCCAAGCACGCCGUCUCCGAGGGCACCAAGGCCGUCACCAAGUACACCAGCUCCAAGUAGAGCGUCUCCCGGAUCCUCAGUUCUAACCCAAAGGCUCUUUUAAGAGUCACCAAUUCUUUCGUUUGAAGUGCUUUGUCAC